UUCCGCCACAGUGUGAAAUAAUAGUUCCGUGUAUCCGGACGCAAACACCUCUUUCCAUCUCUUCAUCAUGACCUGAUUUUCUGUCGCGUUUUUUUCCCAAUUGGUUCUUUUAAUAAUUAAAAUAUGACGCAGAGGUUCAGUAAACCCUCUGUUACCUUUGUUUUUUUAUUUAUGAUCCAUUGUUCCCUCGUACUUAGAGUCUCGGUCGAAGCAACUGAAGAAAAUCAUGAGUCACUGCAGGUUGUGCUGCCACAGGAGACUGUGUCUGAUUUGGAGAACAAUCCCAAGUUUGUUGACGGAGAAGAGGUGGACUCUCUGCCCAAAAGGCAGUUUAAGACGGCUGAAAUCGCAGACGCAGUGAUGGGGACUGAAACCCCCGUCGAUCCGUCUCGCAUGGAAUCCCUUUUUCCCAAGAAUGUGAAGGACAUCACGUCCGGCUUCUCUCCACCUUGUGACGAGAGCAGUAAUCAGUGCGUUUCGCCUGCUCAGGCUGAAGACAUAGAGCAGCUGGAUGAAGAGGAGUCAGAAUCAGAGCAACAGGUUACUCUUCAGAUGGUCCCAGCACACCCUCCAGCUGAGGAGCAGAACACCACAGAGACAACAAAGACAUACAAAGUAAACUGUGACAAGAGGAACAUCACGGGAAUGGAGAACUUCUCCGUGCAGGUCCUCAAUACCUCACAGGACCUGAUGGAUUUUCUAAAUGCCAACAGCUCAGAGUGCUCUGUUGUGCUGUUCUUCACAACCUGGUGUCAGUUCUCAGCCAACCUGGCACCUCAUUUCAACGCUUUGCCCCGUGUUUUUCCCAGCAUGCAUUUCCUGGCACUGGAUGCCUCACAGCACAGCAGUCUCUCUACGAGGUUUGGGACGGUGGCAGUUCCCAACAUCCUGCUGUUUCAGGGUGCCAAACCCAUGGCUCGCUUCAACCACACGGAUAGGACGUUGGAGAUGCUCACCUCCUUCAUCACAAACCAGACAGGGUUUGAAGCAGAUGCCAACAGAAAUGUGACGGAGGCAGACCGCCUUGGGCCACUCCCCAGCAUCCCUGUGAGAGGCAUCGAUUGGCUGCUGGUCUUCUCCAUCCUCUUCAUCACAGGCUUUACCGUCUACGCCAUCUUGCGGGCGGACAGCCUCCGCUGGCUCAUACCUGGACAGGAGCACGAGCAUCAGGAAUGAAAACUUUGAAAGCUCUGAACUUUUAGAUUUUGGCUAUAAUGGCAAUUAAUUCAUGAUUCGUGUUUUUUUGUGUGAAAUAAAAAUAU